AUGAGCACAUCAGCAACAAGCAUUUCUGAGGCAGACAACCCCCCGCACACCUACGCGGCCCCAGGUGAGGAGGCUGUCGCACUUAUAAAUAGGCGGUUAGCGCGCAUUCAUGACGCCGUUGAGGAACUGCGGCGAACCGAGGACAUUGAGACAGCGGAGUUCCAAAAUUUUAGUGCGCGUAUGGACGAAGAAGAGACCACAAUAAGGUGCCUUAUGGAUGAACUGGAUGCUACCAAGGAGGAGUUGGUGGAGCAAGCAGAGCAUGAAAACUUGCGGCUGCGCACCAGCGAGCUUUCCGAAAGGAUACAGCGGUUGUUAUGGACUGAGGCGUGCCUUAGUUUGAUGGAGCAACACACAAUGGAAAGGGUAAACACCCUUUGGGGUCACUUUAGUGGUGGAAUAGUCGGAGUUAAGGGAUCUGGAUGGGAUAGACAGUCUGUCCGCCUGUUCAACCACCCGACGCAGCUACAAGGGAGCCAUCCUUCCCUGGAAGAGUCACUAGGGGUACGCUGUAACGAAACUCUUUGUGCACCUGUGCGUAAAUUUGCUCCCUUGUCACCAGAGUGUGAACGACUCAUGGCAGUUAUUCGCAGCUCGUCUUGCGAUUCUGAAACGGUUAGUGAAGUGUUAGCGCAGUUUGGUGAUUCCGGAUCGCAUAUUGUGAAUAAAGCGGACGAGGAGGGCAACACAGCACUACAUGUUUUGUGCGGUAAACACAAUUUUUCGACGGCUGUGCUGAAGCUACUACUGAAAGCGGGUGCUGAUGCGAGUGCGAAGAACGCUCAGGGCCGCUCUCCGUUUCAUAUCGCUUGUCUUAACACGUCUGACGGAGCCGCUCAGUUGAAAAGGGCGCUACUGGGGGCCGGCUGCGACGUCAAUGAGCGUACGGACGAUGGUGAGACAGCAGCGCACAUGUGCGCCACCGACGAUAGACAUUUUGAUUCUCUUCAGUUUCUUUGUAGUGUUGAUGCAGAUUUGUCUGCGGGUGCGUUUUUUCAAGGAGUGUGGUGUACUCCCAUAAAAGUAGCCCAGCUUAGUGGGGAAAGAGCUUUGCGCACAUUGGAGUACUUGAAGCUCUGUUAA